UCCGCGCCUCGAAGUGAAACGAAAUGGGUCACCUGGAGUUGGAUUUCAGGGCUAUUCCCAGGCUGCAUGGCAAGCAAAAUUACUGGCAGUGGCGCAUCCUGUUGAAGGCCUACCUCGAGGCCAACGAACUGUGGAAGCACAAUGAGCCCAAGGAGAGUCCCCAAACAAAAUUCCUGAUUUUGGCCAGUAUCGAGGGCGAUAAGAUUGAGCCGGCAUACGAUGACCAGACAUGUUCAUAUAUAUUCCAAAAUUUGGAGAGCCGCUUUGGGCCAUAUAGUUAAAGUUUCCAAUUUGAGAAAUAUUAUUUAAAUGGAAGGAAAAAUAUAUUCAGCUUUUGAUCAUUGA